AAUGUUUAUUGUACAAAAUUAACAUCUGAUAGAAGGUCGUGUGGCAACAGUUUGGCGGUUAAUAACAAACGUUGCCUCGCAAGUUGUGUGUCAUAUUUAAACAUGAUCGCAAUAAUUUAUUCGAUUGUGCUUUUUGUUUUUUUUUUGUGGGGGUAGAGAGUAGGAUAAAAUAUUGGUAUGGCCUAUGAAAUUAAACACCGUCGCCACCACCAUCGACAUCAUCGUCGUCAUCACCGCCAAGAUCCACCUUUGAAUAAUGACGUAACCACCGAAAAGCCGAAAGUGAUAUUGGCCACCCGUCAAAUUGCCGUCGACCUUGGCGACAGAGAUCUGUACGUUAAAUGUUCCAUUCGAGAAAUGCUACUGUACGCUGUUUUCUUCGCGUUGCUCGUGAUAUCUUGUUCAGACAUUUAUUCGUACGACAUGUAUGAAGUCAACCAAAAAAUGGCCUCGUUGUUCUUGGACGCUAGUUUCGAGGACACUUUUGCCUACACAUUUUUCAUCAAGUACCGCAACAUAUACACCAUGGAACACUUCUGGAAAGCAAGUAAUGCAGUUUUCAAUCCCAUACUACUACUUGAUGCAGUGUACUCGUUUUAGUAUUGCAAGGACGUCCUUUGCGAAAAACUGUACGGUAUCAACGAACAUCCAAUGGCCAAAGAAAUGAUCCCCAAUAACAUCAACAGCACAAACACCACCAAAACAAACAACAACACCAUCACUCCUACCACCCUUUUCAGCACCAAUGAAUCGGACGUUAUUAAUUACGAGAAUAAACUGUUGUAUCGACCCAGAUCCAGACAGUGUUUCAGCGCUGUGACAAAAUACUUGGUGGUUAUUAUGAUUGUUGUGUUUUCGUUCGCCGUGCUCGGAUAUUGCGCUUUCGGCACACAGGUCGAAGGGUUUUCCACUGUUGGAAAUUCGUUGAUGUCCGCCAUGAGAAUACUGGUGAGGGAUUUCGAUUACCGUUCCAUCGAGCACGUCGAUCAAACGCUGACCACGAUAUUUUUCAACAUGUACACGUGUGUAGUAGUUUUCGUUUUUUUGACCAUGCUAGUGGCAAUAGCGUUUCACGCAUACUUUGACGUGGACAUUGAAGAACUGAUUGGCGACCGGAAACAUUAUGUUUGGGACAAGGUUGUAGCGUUUUUCAAUAGGUUAUUCAAACGCAGAGACAUGGCAAAAACCGAACUAGAAUAUAUGAGCUAUGAAGACGUCUAUAAACUAUUGAGGCGGUAACUAGCUCAGAAAUGAAUGAUUUCUACUUUUCAUUUAUCAUCCGAAUAACCCAAACCCAAAUCAUAAGUGCCAGGUGGACUUAAGGUGAAGCAUACGAAACAUAAGCCCACGAAUAUGAGCUUGAGUUGUGUGAAAUCUCCUUCUCAGCCAUAACAU